UCAAAUUUUACGCAGCCGCAAUUUUUAAAUAUUAAAUUUUUUGUGGUUAGCUUUGGAAAUUGAUUAAUUUAACAGUUUUUAAAUUUUAUUUAUAACUAUUAAGAGUUUUUUUUUAAAGUUUUAUACAUAAUGUCAUUUAAGCCAAUUGAUUCUAGACGUGAUGAAUUCCGUAAAUAUUUAGAACGUAGUGGGGUUAUUGAUGAAUUUACAAAAGUUUUGAUAAAGCUUUUCAAUACACAAGAACGACCCGAAAAUGCAAUACAAUUUAUUUUUGAAAAUUUGGGCCAUACAUUAUUGCAAAAGGAUCAGUAUGAAUGCUUGAAAAAAGAAUUGGAAGAUUCUCGUAAUGAAAUAGCCGAAUUAAAAUGUAUUAUUGAAAAAUUGCAAACUUCUUCAAAAAUUGUCAAUCAGGAGUCAGUUAACAAAAUUGAAACACUUGUUGAUGUAAAACAAGAACCUGUAGAAUCAGAUACAUCUGAACAAAAUAAUGAUGUUAACAGUACAGUUGGAGAUCAGAUUUCAUCAUUUUCUGAAAUACAGCAAGGUGAAAAUGUUAAUCCAAUCAAAUUGGAACAAAAAUCAGAAGUUUCUAGUUCUGAGAAAACCAUUGGAAAUUCUGAAAGCUCAACAUUACCAGAUAGCAAUAAUGUUGAAGCUCCAGAAGCAAAAGAAAACACAGAAUCGGAAAAUGCCAAAAAUUCAGAAGAAGAGAAAACAGUUGAAGUUGGUGUAAAAAAGGAUGAAGAAGUUACCAGUACUUCUAAUGUUAAAUCUGAAGCUAAUGUUUCUGAAACAAGCACAAAAGACAAUAUUGAAACUGUAAAAUCAACUGAACCAGAAGAAAGUACAAACACAGAAAAACCUCCCGCUGAAGAAAAUAAAGCAGAUGAGGCCAAAAAAUAAAUGUUAAAUUGAAAGGGAUAUAUAAAAAAGUGUUAAAUUUUACACAUGUUUAAAAAAAAACCUAUAUAUAUUUUUCAAAGUAGUUGCUCAAAAAUACUUUAUAAAUUUUAAGCUUCUUAAGAUUCUGUGUCUUAAAUAAAUUGUUUUUUUAAAUUGUUUAUUUUUUUUUAAGAAGAAGUUUUAGUUUUUGUUUUUAAUUUUUUAUACAUAUUAAGUUUUAUAAAAUGUUAUUGAAUAUUAUUUAAUUUUUGCUUGGAAAAAGUUUUUAUUUUUUUUUAUUUUAUUUGCUUUUUUUUUUGCUUUAAUAUAAUUUAUAUUAAUUUUCGAUUACCAAAAUCAUUUUUAUGAAAAUCUCUAAUAUUUAAAAUAGUAAUAGGUAAAUAUGUAACCAAAAAUUAAAUAAUUGUUAUAAGUAUAUAGAAAAUUACUAUUCAUAUCAUAAGCUUUAAAUGAGUUACACAAAUGAUAUAAAAACAAGAAGGAA